UGCAUCAAAGAUCUGCUGUAAUCGUGAUAACAACCCGUGUUGCUCCUCCGCGCUGUUUGAAAAUACACGAAAGUCCACAUCACCUUCAGUUGGACCACAGCAACAACACGCAUGCGCAAAACCGGUGUAUCCAGAAAGGUAAACUUCGCUGAAUUUAGGACGUGUUGAAGGUUUGCUACCUCCAGGAAAUAGACAAGGACUUGAAUUUUACUGUAUUCGCGGAAGGUACGUUAGUCUCUUUUGUAAGUAAAGCUUGAAUCUGUGAGGUUGCCGUCGACUUUCUGGGGAUAAUAUCCUGUAUUUGGAAUAUUCUUGAAGACGGAAGUGAGGGGUUGUUGUUGUUUUUCCUCAAUCAAGCCUCUGAUUGAACCCGACGCGUGCAUGACAGUCUCUGAAUGCCUGCUGACCUGUUUUAUGCACACCUAUGAUUUCCUGCCGAAGAUAGCCAAGAGUUUCCAUCUUUCCUUGAGUUUUUGCGUCGGGAUGGCAGCAGCGGCGGAGGAGGGCGGCUGCGGCGGAGCCUCCGCGCCGCUGUCCGCAGGUGAUGGCGAACCUGAGGAGGCCGAGGUGUUCACCUGCCCGACCUACUGCUCGGAGCUCUCCCGCCGGCAGAACGAGCAGAGGAAGGCGGGGUUGUUCUGCGACCUGACCCUGGUGUUCAGCUCCAGGGGCGCGUCUGGCGUGGAGGGGGUCCUGACCUUACCUGCCCACCGCACGGUCCUGUCUGCGGCCUCGCAGUAUUUCGAGCUGCUGCUGGGCGGACAGUUCUCGGAGUCGCGGACCGGGAGAGUGGAGCUGACGGAGUGGAGCUCCGCGGCGGGGCCCGACCCGGAGACCGUGGAGGCGGUCAUACACUUCAUGUACACGGGAGAGGUUCGGGUGACCAACGCUAAUGUUCACGAUGUGCUGGAACUAGCUGACAGGUUCUUGUUGGAUCAGCUGAAGAGCUUCUGUGCCGAGUUCCUGGUGAAGAAGUUGAAUCUUUCAAACUGUGUAGCUGUGCACAGCCUGGCUCACAUGUACAGCCUGAACCAACUGGCUCUGGAAGCUGCCGAGACGAUCAGAAGAAACUUCCAGAAAGUCAUUUCCAACGACGAGUUCUACACUCUUCCGUUUCAUCUGGUGAGAGACUGGAUGUUGGACUCGGAAAUUACUGUGGACUCAGAGCAGCAGCUGUUUGAAGCGAUCGUGAAAUGGGUCCACCAAAACCCGGAGGAACGGGUGCGAUUCUUUGAAGAGCUGUUCAAGCUCGUGAGGCUGAAGCAGAUUUCUCCAACCGACUUAACGCGUGUGGUUAGAAAGGAGCCCUUAGUGGCCAACAGGGCAGAGUGCCAGCAGCUGGUGGUGGACGCUCUGGAGUUUCACGCAGUUUGCUCGGAGGGCCUCAAGUUGGCUAACUUGGAUCAGAGUACCUCCUACAUGGCGGCCAUUCAUCCGCGCCUUGGCCAGAACAUGGACGUGAUCAUGGUGGUAGGUGGAGUCUCAGAAGGCGGAGAGUACCUCAGCGAAUGCGUUGGCUACUUUGUCGCAGAGGAUCGUUGGAUCAAUCUACCGCACAUUCACAACCACCUGGACGGCCACGCCAUCGCGGCCACCGAGGGCCACGUCUAUGUGGCAGGCUCCAUGGAGCCUGGCUUUGCCAAGAUGGUGGAGCGCUACAACACCAGCCUCAAUACCUGGGAGGAUGUCAGCAGCUUGUCCACGCGGAAGCACUCAUUCGGCCUAAUGGGCGUCAAGGAUGUCCUCUACGGCAUUGGGGGACACGGUAACUUCAGCCCAGGCUUUAAGGAUGUCACCGUUUAUAAGCCGGAGCAGGAUGAGUGGAUCAGCCUUGAGCCGGCGCCGAAGAUCCUACGAGACGUAAAAACAGUGACUGUAGAGGAUCGAUAUGUGUAUGUGAUGGCCAGGACGCCUGAAGACAUCGACCAUGACGAUGGACUGAGUACUGUGACCAUGUGCUACGACACAGAGAGUCACAGGUGGCAGGAAGUUCACUCAUUACCUCUGAUUGACAGCUACUGCAGCUUCCAAAUGGCCGUCUCAUCCACAACCUUCUACCACACUGCUUCCUGCUGCCCCAAAAGUUACAAGGCAACUUUUGAGGCCGCUCAGCAGAAAGUAAGCAGAAUCAUCCCGGAGGAGAUUCUCAGCAGCCUCCCAGCAGAGGUGCUUGGGAUGGAAGGAGCCGCCAUCUGCUUCCUUGGUGAGGAUGUCUUCAUCAUCGGAGGCUGGAGGAACAGCAGCAAUUUGGACAAGCAGUACCGCAAGGAGGCGUACCGCUACUGCGCCGACAAAAAGCGCUGGACGCUGCUGCCGCCACUGCCUCAGCCGCGCUGCCGCGCAGCGGCCUGCCACGUUCGCAUCCCGUACAGAUACCUGCGUGGCUGCCAGCGCUACCCAAUGCCGCAGAACCUAGCGCGCCAACGAGACCGCAUGCAGCAAAUGCAGCAGAUGCACCGACUCACACUCACCAGGCGGAGACAGAUGCACUCUCAGAUCGAAUGCUAAAGAAGGAUUAAAGAUUGUCCAGUGAAUAAUUAGCACUUUAUCUUCAGAUAAAUGCCUUCUCACAAUGAUGAAUCUUAUUUUUUUUAUUAUGAUAGAAUGAGAGAUAAAUCUAUAACUCCCUCUAAAGCUGUAACAUGUAACUUUUAUUUAAAAACUUUAUUUUUUUACAUAUUAAAACUGUCAGUUGAGACAGAAAACAACCAAUCAGAG